AUGUCGCCCACAUCCGUCGAGUUCAGGCCACUCAUAGACGGUCCUACAUCAGGAUGGACGGAAAACCAGGGCGGUGCCAUUCCCCUCGAAAAGGGAGCGCAGAAGUACCAAUUCCGUGGCCUUGCAGCUAGACGCCGCUCUCGAAAACGAGUCUGGAUAAACCUCAUCGCAAGAUGGCUGGUCACUGUCCUAUUCGUUGCCGUCGUCUAUAUCCUCCUGAUCGGAUACUCAAAACCCGACCUGAUUACCAGAUCCGAGAAGCGGUACUUCUACGCUCUCUUUGUCGGGUUCACUCUCUCCCUCGGUAUAGUUACCGUCAGCCAGCUGAAUAACGUGGUCAACGAUGUCAGGUGGUGGAUUCUAUCUCGACGAUAUCGGUCAGCCCACAAGGCAAGUAUAACAACGGAGUUAUAUGAUGUUGAGGCGAUAAUGAAUGCAACUAGCAUGUCAAGUAUUUUCCUUCUCGCUUUUAGGUCCAAGCGAAUCUCGAUUCACAUUUCGGUUUUGGUCUGGCUUCUUCUCAUCGUGGGAUCGCAGGUUGCCUACAGUGCUGUCGGUUUGACUUUUGGCGUGGAGAAGACCGAGCACAAAGCCAUGUUAGUCAAGGGGCAAAUCCUGAUCCCCGACAUGUCCAAGUUAGAAACCGACCGGAUCGUCAAAUCAUCCGACUCCCUGAGCGCACAGCAGUACACAGCAAAUACCUAUGGGACAAUGUCUCUUGCGUAUAGCCAGGGAACACUCGACCAGAUCCCCAACAAGGGCUAUCUCUGGUUCCAAGAGGACCCUGCUGUCUUCUGCGACGGUAACUCCCCAUCAUGCACCUACAUCUUCCACGAGAAAAACGCCCAGCUCGCCGCCGACCCAGGGGCCAUUCCCGUCCAAUCGACCACCAACCGCAGCGUGGAAAUCACCAGCCGGUGCAGCAGCUACCCCGUCAUCCGCGGAGGAAAUGGCACCAUGACCAACAUCACAAUCAACGCCGAGUCCAAGGACACCGUCAUCACCCUCCCCACCACACCCGGGUCAGACCAAUCCACCUUCAUGACAAGUUACGGCCAAGAGUGCGGGCCCAACUGCCGGAUCAUGUCCGUGUUCGAGGUCUCAGCCGAUGGCUCCUGGUACUACAGCUGCACCACCUUCCAAGGCCCCGUGAAGAACGCGACUCUCCCGCAGCAUGAGAUCGGCGAGAAUGUAACCUACCUCGCCACCACGGCCAUCGGCCUCCAGGGCUUCGCGAGCCCGUCAUCCGGCAGCACAGAACAGGAUAUUGAUCCCAUGAAGACCCUGCAAUACAAGGUCUACCCGUCCGCCACCGUGCCAGGGAAGCCAGCCAACGGUUCAACCCGGGCCAUGGAAGGGUUGCUAUCGCGGUUCGCCAUCGGCGUGAUCGCCAUGGCCGCAGAGUCCAACUCGGGCAUCACGCUGGAAGGCAGAGCGCCGCAGAUCGGGCAGAAGCUGGGUGUAGAGCAUUGGAACCUGAUACACAUGACUUUUGCGCUCACUGCCGGUUUGCAGUUACUCUUAGCUAUUGGCGUGACGUUGGUUGCCGAGCGUGUGAUCGUGCCCGAUGGGGGACCAAUAAGUGAGGCUCAGAUCUUCCGGGCGAUGACUAGCGAUCGAGGAGUACAUGCUGUCGGGUCCGGCUGGAGGUACAGAUUCGAUCCUGUCGGCAAUGACGGCCUCUAUGAUUUGUACAUGGAGGAAAAGGGGGCCAAGAGCUCCCAGUCAGACGGUGAGGGGGGCCUGUCGCCAUCUAGAGUCAUGGAGGCCACUCAUGGGGAGCCACCACGAUCAAGAGGCAACACCAACAUUGGAAACUAG